GCUGCGGGGAGGUGGAGGAAAGCCCCGAUUGCCACCAUCGCGCUAGUGCGUGCGGGCUCUUGUCAGCUCUCGGGUAAACGUUAGGUGGAGCCCCUUCCCUUUCUUUCCUUUCCUUCAGCCCAGGCGGCUAUGGUGGUUCUCCGCUCGGCCGCUGCGGUUAAAUGACUGAUGGGUUCGCUGCUGAAACGUGAAGGUGACAUAGCGUGCCUUUAAAAAUAACUUCCUGUCAUGGAAGACGCUGAGCUGAUGAUUCACAGCAUUUUUGGACCACUAACAGGGACCAGUCCUGCAGAUUUUUCAUCAAGGAAGCAGUUGACCAUUUCCUCAAAAUACUACUGUGAAUAUUCUGCUUUGCAGUAUUUCUGUAUGGCUAAAAGCCUCUGAUGGAUGUGCUUGUGACAGCAAAAAGGAAUAGAGUGCUCCUCCAUCUUCAAAACUAUGUGUUAGAUCAGGUCCCACUUCAGAGAGAACUCUGGAAGAAACACAGAAAAGGAAGACUGAACGAAAUCCUCAUGAUCGUUACAUGCCUGUUCAAUAAUAGCACACCCCAGUCACGUCUCCUUGCGAGCACAUUUUGUUGGAAUCACUGAGCAGAAGCAAAGAAGAGCUGACGACUAUGUGCUUCCAACGCAGGUUGCCGGAGCCCUGUGCUUGCCAUUGGCUGUAGUUCCCUGGUUUAUUUGCAGCUUCCCCCAUCUGGAAUUUGAAAAUGGGAUUGAAGUAGAUAAUUGCUAGCAGCGGGUUUUCAAGAGAGGCUUAGAGGGAACAGAAUGCCUCUUGCACAGCACAGGCUGCUUGUGCUGAAAGAGCACUGAGAGACGAUUUCAGAUUUUACCCACAUCUGAAUCUCCUGGAAACUUUACCAUGGAAGCAAGCCAUUACGCACAGUCCUGAAGUAAACAUCCAAAGGGGCAAGGAAGGGGCAUCGGGGCUAAACAAUGGGACACCUCGUCCUUGUAUUGCUCACAGAAAAGCCAGGAAGCAUUCCUCUCCGCUUCCCAGCAAAAAGGGCAUGAAGGUGACAAUGAACUGAAUUUUCCCCAGUAACACUUCAGUGGCUUUUAAGGAUGGGAUACUCUGACCCUUCGUCAAGCAGGGAUUUGCUGGGAAACAGAACUUUGUUCUUCAUAUUCAUCUGCGCCUUUGCCGUGGUCACCUUGCUGCAGCAGAUCCUCUAUGGGAGAAACUAUCUCAAAAGAGGACUGCAGUUUAGCUGGCAGAAUGGUGAGGAAUUGGCAAAUUGGACCGGCACCUUUAAUUUCACGGAUGACGGAGCAGUGAAGAGUGGCAGUGACACAGGCACCAGGUAUUUUGAGUUUUAUGAAGGACCUUUGGAAUACAACUCUACUAAAUGCUUGGAAUUACGGCAUGACAUCAUUGAGGUGAAGGUUUUAUCUAUGGUGAAACAGACUGAAUUGUUUGACAGGUGGAAGAACCUACAGAUGUGCAAAUGGGAGAUGAAUGUCACAGAAGCUAAUUUAUUAAAGUCUACUUUGUCAAAGUGUUGCAAUGCCCCUGCCUUUCUGUUCACCACCCAGAAAAAUACUCCCUUGGGAACUAAACUGAAGUAUGAGGUGGAUACUAGUGGAAUCUUCCACAUCAACCAGGAGAUCUUCAAAAUGUUUCCGAAGGAUAUGCCGUACCACCGGUCCCAGUUUAAGAAAUGUGCAGUGGUUGGGAAUGGAGGAAUUCUAAAGAACAGUGGAUGUGGCCGGGAGAUUGACAGUGCAGACUUCGUGUUUCGAUGCAAUUUGCCUCCUAUAUCUGAGAAAUACUUAACAGAUGUUGGAGUGAAGACGGACGUUGUGACUGUCAAUCCCAGUAUAAUUACUGAGAGAUUUCAUAAGCUGGAAAAAUGGAGGAAACCCUUCUACAACGUGCUCCAGGUCUAUGAGAACGCUUCUGUGCUGCUGCCAGCUUUCUACAACACUCGCAACACGGAUGUUUCAAUCCGGGUCAAAUAUGUCCUAGACGAUUUUGAAUCUCAGCAAGCUGUUUACUACUUUCAUCCCCAGUAUCUCAUCAAUGUCUCACGCUACUGGCUUGGCCAAGGGGUGCGGGCCAAGCGGAUUAGCACUGGACUGAUCUUGGUAACUGCUGCCCUGGAGCUCUGUGAAGAGGUCCACCUCUUUGGCUUUUGGGCUUUCCCCAUGAACCCCUCAGGGAUUUUUAUAACUCAUCACUACUAUGACAACGUGAAACCUCGCCCUGGUUUUCAUGCUAUGCCCUCAGAAAUCUUCAACUUUCUCCACAUGCACAGCAAGGGGAUCCUGCGGGUGCAUACUGGCACCUGCAGCUGCUGUUGAUGGAGGCAUUUCUUAUUUUGACAUAAAAUUAACAAUAACUUGAUGCCUAUGUAUGGUGUAGAAUAUUUUAUUACACCCUGAGAUUAUGCAAUAAUUGUUUGAUAAAAAUUCAAGGCAUUGCAUCCCAUAGGAUCUAGGAUACCAGCAUCUUUCCUGCUAGCAGAGUUGGGUCCGUAAUAGUUUAGGAGAAGCAAAACUCUUCUGCACCAGGGUAUACACUGCCCUGAAAAGCAAAUCAGAUAAAAAGCACAUUCCCAAAUAGGUUUAGGGAUAAACAGAGCACAUUGAUAUAUUUAUCAUUUCACUAAGAAGAAAAGAACCAAACUUUUGAGGAGAAUCAGUGAUCGAGAAUUUUGGUGUAAACUGAAUGAUUUUACAUAGGUUUCUGAAUCGAGUAUCCUGGGGCAUUGCCAGAUUUUAUUGAAAACACUGUUCUCUGUCAUUUGGGUUUUUUGAAAAUACUGUUUAGCAUUGUAGUUUUAAGGGGAAGUUUAUAGCUUGAGGUCUUUCUUCCGUAAUGUCACAAAAUAUUGGUGAAAACUAGCAUAUAGAUGUGAUUGAUAGGAAUAAACAAGAUCACUUUAUGCAUAUUUUCAGCGAGGAUAGAAGAGAAUUAAAUUCCCAUUCACUGCAACAGGUAACUCUGUUGACCAUGGUGUGUAAUUGUUGUAGAGUUUCUUCAUCCUCCCUGUGUCUUGUAUUUCUGGUCUCCUUUGCAGAUCAUGUUUCCUUUUUCAUUGCCUGUGAUGCUUUCCUUCUAGCUAACAUACGCACCAUGUGUGUUCUUCCUUCUGCAGUGACUAUCUCAGCUUCAGAAUGUAGUUCUUGUUGACGAAACGUGCUCCUUCACACUUCUGUGUGCUUUUCUCAGGCUAAAUAGCAACGAGAUUAUGUAGUUAUGUUUUCUGAGCUGAUUUCUUUGGUUCAGGUAUCACAAUACAAGAUAGAAAGAAGCAUUUUCUCAUUGAUUUUUGUUAAAGACUUUCAUGAGUAUGCGAAAGUUGACUUGCUGAUGUGCAGGUCAAGUUAGACACUUUCAGGUAUCUGUUCAGGAAAUGAAGUUAAAAUAUAGUGAAAAUACUUUGUGGUUUAGAUUAUGAUGCUUAUUUUAAAAUUAUCUCAAGUUGUUAGUUGUCUUAACGUGGCAGUUCCUUAUGUUAAGAAUGUUAUUAGGAUAGUAAAAGGGCUGGUGUAUUCUUGAGAAAGUUACUCUGCCAGUUUUGCCAAGCUUAAUUUUCCAUCUGAAGCAGUUAAACUGGCAAAAUCCUGAUGCAGAAAAGAUGCCACAUAUUGCUGGAUUUUAUUUUGGCUGCCAAGCCAUGGUGUUGUAGGCUGCUGGUAUAUCCUUUUUCAUACUGGUAUGACUGCCUACACACAAGGGUGAGGUUUGCUGUUUCAGCUCUGCUGGCAUAGUUAAAUGAACAGAGUUUCCUCUUGUAUGUUCUUAGUGUGAAGCACUUGGGCUGUUGUCCAGUGCCUUGUCAUGUCUUAGAUUACAAGAUCUUUGAUCAAGGAUUUGGGAGUUUAAAGUACUAGUUCUAUAUGAGGGAUGCUUUUUUUUUUUUUUUUUUGGGGUGGGGGGGCGGGGAGAGAAGAGGGUAUAAAUCCAGAGCUAAACUUGAAUUUUGAUUUUGUAAUGCAUGAAUUCACAAAGCUUCUUGUAAAAGCCUUUGUGCUGUGCUGAGAGCUGUGAAUGUUGCUCACGUUACAGAUAAAAUGAUCAGAAAGGAAGUGAAGCACGAUGGUCACCGUUUCAGAAGUUCCUGCUGACCAGCAGUGACCUGGAUGGUAUGUGAGAGUGUAUUUCCUUAACUUUACACAACACUCCAGAGGUCUGAUUAUGUUAAAAGCAACCCAUAUCCUUGAUAAAGGUGUUAGAACUCACUUGAGAAAUAGCAGCCAGGGGUAGGUGAAGGACCUGUGCUUAAGCUUUAUAUAUUUGUGGUGUUGUGCUUUUGGUCUUAGAGGUAUACUGUGUGUUACUGAACACCACCUUGUAUUGGCUAGCUGUGAAAUAUGCAGCCUGCUAAGAAUGAACUUGUAGAGGAAAUGGCUUCCUUGAUUUAUAUAUAAGAGAGAUCUUUGUCUUUGCUGUGUUUUGUACAUUUAUGUGCAAAGGGCUUUGAUAAUGAAGUGCUGUAAUGAAAGUGGUAUUUAGAGAGCAAUGUGACCCUAAGGGUUGGCCAUCUUGCUGUGCAUUAAGCUUUAUGAUAACAGUAAUGAUGCUGGAGCUGAUACCUAGAGCCCUUACUCCUUAUUCUGCCUGAGUAUGGGACUAGUAGUGACUUCAGUUAUUGCUUUGCUGCUGCUGCUUUGCUAAGGUUACCUUCUUUAGUACAGGAUUUUUUUUUUACUAUGGUGGUCGAAGUGAAGAAAAACAGCAGAAAGGAGUUUGGUAUGUUGUGAAAGAUACUUCAGAAAAUACUGGAAGGCACUUGAGAAGUAUCCGUAUGUUGGAAAGAAAUUGCUCAAAUCCCUGUUUUGUAGUUGCAAAAAUCCUUUUGGGCUUUUUGGCCAGGCAAAAGGGUAAGCAAAACUCUAAUUACAAGGUCACUGACACUUCCUUUUAUUUAUUUGCUUCAUAUAAAUGAGCAAUGUAAGUUCACCUAGGCUACACCAUAGUAAGUGCAGGUUUACCGUGUUUAGAUUUUGAUUGGUAGUAAAUCUAUAGCUACUAUAUUUUUUUAAUGAUUUUAAAAUGUGUGUGCAGGAUACAUGCACAUAUGCAACAAAGGCACGAUCUUGCCACAUUUAUUAGAAAAGAGCUCCCAUUCAAGUGGGUGAGUAUUUUAUUUGUGUAGGGACUGCAGAAACAGGCCCAGACAUGUCUAUGAAAGUGUACAUAGGUGUAUGAUUAGGUGUAAGGAAUGACUUGCAGGGCAGAAAGAGAUAUAUAUAAAAUAUUCCUUGAGAUGAAAUGCAUGUUGCAGCAUGUUUACUUUCUGAUUGUUUUUUUCAGGUUUUACUUAAAAGAUGAUUGAAAAAGUGUGGCAUUUGUCAGAAAUGCCACAGGCAGAAGCUUUCGGAUACUUUUUGGCCUCUUUACUUUGCACUGGGUGAUGGAAAAUCAGGUUUCUGCUGCUGUACUGCAGCAUCUGUGGGGCCGAGUGGAAACAGUGUGGUCUGAGGGUCUGUGGAUGGACCCUACCAGCUGCUCUCUUCUCCAUGGGUAGUAGAUAAAUACUGCCUGGGAGAUUUUAGCUACUCAGAGGUCACUACCUGUGCCAUGUCACUGUGGGGUGUGUGAGCCACCUUUGACCAGCCUGAGCUUCUGCCUGUCCUCUUUAAACGGGUGAAAAGAAGGGCUGUUGCAGAAAGAAGGACCCUCCUUUUUUUCUGCCAUCACUCUUUUGUGUGAUGAGCAUAUGAAAAUACUCUUCUGACAUCAAGAAUAUAUCUGAAUUUGGGGCUAUUUUGGUUUUCCUUCUCCCAUGCCGUCAAAACUCCAAAUGUCCAAUCUUAACCUUCUUUUAACAAUGGGAUACAUGAGUGAUAAGAAAUGACUGUAAGGAGGCCGGGUGUGUUUGCUGCACACUCUUAUGACAGGUAAAGGGCAUGCAUAGCAUAUUGUGCUUUCCCACAGAAAAGGCUGCAGACUCCAGAGGUAUCCCUCAGUACAAAAAUCUGAUCCAUCCAAGAAGAAAUGCAGUCAGCUGUCUGGUAUGACAUCCUGAGCUCAAGGUGUAAUCAUGGCUUUCUUGCUGAGGAUAUUAAAUCUGAGAGAGGGAGAGAGAAAAUUAUAAUGUCAUGGUUUAAUCUCCAACUCCUCAUAUUAUUUAAAAGAAUCUCUUAGGAAAUUCCUGAGAUCUGCAUACACUGGCAAUGCAAAUUGAGUUGGAAAAUCCAAAUUCUUGGAUUUUUUAGAGCAGAAAUGCUUCUCCUUUAUUGUCAGGUCACAUGAGGAGGCUUAUGAAUCUUCCAGUGCUGUCAUCACAGGGAAGGAAGUAUUUAGUUGAUAUAGUUUAGCUGCUUGCUUUUGAUUUCUGAAAUCCAACUUUGCUGAUGGACAGAAUGGAUUAAAUAGAGAAAGGGCCAUUAUAAUUUAGCAUAUUUUCUGUGAUUGCAACAAAAUUGUCACAGACAGCUCAUGAAUUGCAAAAGGAGAGACAUGCCUUGGCAGCUCCUCCUGCUGCGGCUCCAGAGAGGAGAGACACCAUGGUUUCCUGGAAAAGAGAUGUAAAGGGGGUACAGGAGAUUCCAGAGCCUUUAGCACUGUGGAGUAACACCACAGAGAUGAUAGAUGAAGUUUCAAGCUUGCAACAGUCAGGAAUAGCUAUUUUGGUCUCUGACAAAAGCUGCCCCCCACAGCCUCGACUGAUGAUAAAUUAAAGGUUAUGCUCACUUGGGAUGGUUAAAUGUAGUAGACUGAAGGAAAUCGACUCUAGGAAUAGUCCACUCUGUGGGGGUUUGGUGAAUCAGUGGAAAUGUUGCUCAGACCUUGAAGGCAAAAACGCCGGUGGUGACACAGCUCUGUGGGUGUGCUGCUUGUUCUUGGCUCUCCAAAGAGCAAUCUCUGGUUUGCAUGUGAGGGAAACCAAGGUGGGUAACACACUGAGAUAUGGAGUGAGAGGGAAUCUGUCCUUUUUCAUCUUCUGAGGGCUGGUGGCUCCUCAGCAAAGCUCUGGUGUAGAGAGCACAAACUUGAGCAGUGAAGAUGGAGAGCUCUGAAGUGUCCCUUUAGCCCUAUCUCGCUUGCAUCCAAGUUUGCAGAGAACUUUGGAGCUUUGACAAGUGUAUGAAGAAGGAAACAGCAAAUUCAGCAGUCCCUAAGGGCCAAAUUCCCUGGAAAUUCUGGAGUGAGCUGGGUUUUCAGGAAUAAAAGAGUCAGCAUUUAUGCUUUGGGCUUUUUCCAAAAUCCAGUGGAGCCUGUGGAAAGUUCAGAGCAAGCCUCUGGAAAACACGCUAAACAUGGUCAGGAAGAUCAGCCUCUUUUUUCAUAACUCACUUGAUUUCAGAUAUGGUUUUUAAUAUAUUGUAGAUACUGUGCAGUAGUAAUACUGUGUUUUUAAUGGUGUGUGUAAAGAACAAAUAUAUCUGGAAGCAGAAAUGUUGUAACUAUCACUCUCCUUUCCAGAUUAUAGCACUUUUCAUCUUUUCAAACUCAUCUAUGCAAAGCAUCUCAUCGUGAUAGUGUAAAUCACCAUAUGAAAUCAGAAAUGAACCCUCUGUACAUGACUGUAUGUAUGCACAUCACAUGCCUUGAGAAAAGAGGUUUUUCUGCUUACUUUCAAAUACCAGCAUGGAAUUCAUCAGUGAUGUGAAUGUGUUCAAGGCAGGAUUCAUCCCAUCCCCUUUGAAACCACAACAUUCACAUUUGGCUUCAAUAGAUAAAAAACAUCGGGUCCAGUGCCUGUAAGUAAAGUCAAUAACCUGCAUCUCCCCAGAAUGCCUCCCAGAAUAUUAUCAUUUUAUGUCUUGUGAUCAUCCUGUCUAAUGUGGGUGAGGCUGUUGGGCAUCCCUGUGUUGUGUCCAUGGUAUUCAGAAUCAACAGUUGUACUUAAGAGCUUCUUUUAAAUGAAGUUAAAGGAAAUCUAAAUUUAUGCUAAGUGUUAAAGUGAGGGAGCUUGGGCCCCAGGCCAGCAGCACCUCCAACACUCCCCAGAGCCCUGAGCAUCUGUGAAACAUGAGAAAAGAGGGACUGGGCCACAGUGGGAAACUUGAAGAAAGGUAAAACUGCCUCAGUGCUUCAAGGAUUGAAAGCUGUAAAUAUGUUACUGACAUGUCUGACUUUCCAUUUAGAAACCUUAAAUGUUCUUGGUGUUUGAUCUUUGGGUAAAUUGAUGUACAUUUUUAACUGUACUAAUCACUGUAAAAUGUGUUAGCAUGUAAAAUGGUGACAAAUUAAGCCAGCGCAACCAGAUGCUGCGUUGGCUAGUUCUGGAAAUGUCUGUUCUGUCUGAAACUGUCUGAUGGACCAAGACACUGAGGUCUCUCCAGUGCUCCAUAUGGCUUAUGAAGACUCUGGUUAUUACCUAUUUUAUCAAUGGGGAGGAAGCAGAGUUGAAUUAAUCUCUGUUUUUUAACCAUGUAUUGGUCAAUUGAUCACACACUUAGGUGUGACACUAAAGCUGUCCCCUUAGAGACAAGGAAAACUGCCUGUGCCUGCUCUUUGUGGGACAGGACAUGGGGAUACUGCUUCAUUUCUGGGUCCUCCUUAUCGACAACCAUGAGGUCCCAGGGCAAACCUCUGCAUUCAGCCCAUGUAAGUUGUGUUGGACAGCUGCUGCCUGUUGAAUGUAUCCCCUAGUGGAAAACAAAUGCUUACCAUGGAAAUACUGAAGCAAAACUGUGUGUCUUCAUGCCAGAGGAGCUUGUGGCUAUUACAAAUUUAAAGCUUAUUUCAUGUUUAUUAUUCCUUUAAGGCGGUGAUGGUGGGGAUGGAGAAAUCCAAGCAGAGUCAUGGUUGUUUCAUGUUGAUGUUAAUCCCUCAUGUCCAUACACUCACCUUUUUCUUCCAGCCUACUACCCUGUAGUUUUUGCCUAUUGUUUGUGUAGCUGUAUUGUGGUUGUAAUAGAAAGCCUAUCAGUUGAUGUAAGCCAUAACUAAAGCAGUAAUCAGGGUAUUUUUUUGGUCUGUGUCACUGUGUUUGAAAGCUGAUUUAAUUCUAUUGAAUAAACCACUUUAACAGUUUUA